AUGGGCGCUGGCGUCGGCGCGGCCGCGGGGCAGGCGCGUGACGUCACGGCGGCUGCGCGCAGCGGGAGGCAGGCCGCGGUGACGUCGCGCUCCGCCCCGUGCAUGUGCAGGCCGCCGUCAUUGGCCGCGAGUUACGCAACGAGCCUAUUCAAACACGGAAGGGAGCGUAGGACUCGACCCAUAGGGCCCAUCCCAGCCCUAAACGUAACAAUAAUG